AUGAACAAACUUUUAAUAGUUUUUGGCUUGGUAAUUCUUUUUGUCACACCACUUUAUGCAAAACAAUCAAUUGAAGAGGAAGAAGAAGAGAAACAAUGUGACUCUCACGUGGCUUGUUAUGAUCAACGUGAACCGCAAGCGUGGUGCAUAUUAAAGAGGAAUCAGUCUUGGACAAACAAAGGUUGUUUCUGCGAUGAAAAGAGACAUUUAUGCGUUAUGGAACGGAUGAACGGCGGUAAAUUGGAAUAUGCGUAUUGCGCGCCUGCAAAGAAUUGGAAGUGUUCGUAUGAUUAA